ACCUCUGACAGUUGGCUGGUAGGCAUCUCUGUCCUUCACUCUCUUGGCAACUACUGCCUAGAAAGUCGCAUCCUGGUUCUGUGCUGACAUCUUGGCUCGGGCUGCGAGUUUAGUGCAGGGUUUCUUCGGGCUGCGAGUUUAGUGCAGGGAUUUCUUGAGGCAGGUGGGAAAAACAAAAAGAGGAGCGUAGUCUCGAAAUCCUCCCAAGUGGGACCCGUGCCCUCUAGCUGGGUGGAAGCAGAAACACAGGCGGGUCUUGGGGAAGGGACUGAGAUGCAGUUCGAGAGCGGACCGCAGCGGCUCAUGGGAAGGUGACUGGGAUCCAUCAUUCCCAGUCGGAGAGGUCGGCCUGGACAGGGCUUUCAUGGUUGCUGUAUCCCAAGACUGCGCUAAGAGUGUCUGGAUCUGUGACUCCAACUGUCCAAAGGGCCGUUACAGAGGCUCUGUCAAGGAGGCACAUUUGGUUCUGGAUAAGGUCUUUGGACUAUCCAGCUUCUGGUUCCUGGUCCUCCAGGCAGUGUCAGGUCUGUAUCUGGACUGAUCUCAGCUGGGAAAUGACUGUAUUGUCCUGCCUUCAGUGACAUAUGAAGUUGAAGUCGUCAGUGCUUUGAGGCUGAUAAGUUCUGGGUGUUCAGUCCCACACUCAGUGGUUCCUGCUGAGUCUUUUCAAUCUCUAUUUCCAUCAAGCAGUCACCAAGGUUCUUUACAACAUAGCUGUGUCCAGUAGCUAAUUGCACAGUGUUUUGAGUGAGAAUCUAGGACCAAGCCAUGAAUAUCCUCUCACUCUCAUGACUGUAUAUGAUUCUCCUUCUCUCAAGUGUAUCCCAGUAUCCUCUGUGUUUCCAAGGGCAAAACCAAAACAAAGCAACUUACAAACAUCAUGAAUGAAUAUGUGGAGUUGGUGUCAUUUGAGGAUGUCACUGUGAGUUUCACCUGGGAGGAGUGGCAGAAUCUCAGUGAUGCUCAGAGGAUGCUGUACAGGAAUGUGAUGCUGGAGACAUACGGCAGCCUGCUGUCACUGGGGCAAUGCAUCCCUAAACCUGACUUGAUCUUCAAAUUGGAACAGGGAGAGGAGCCAUGGACUGCAGAAGAACCUGCAACCAAGACUCUGCCAGUCUUCUCCAGUAUGGAUGGCGUAAGUGAGGCCAAUCAGAAGAGUCGAGAGAGACAUGUGUGGCAAGUUACAGCCGACUGUCACAAUAGACCAACCGAGGAAGCAGACGGGUUAGAAAACACUUUUUAUUUAUACUCCAUGAAUAUUUCAAGGUUUGCUGUAAAUAAUAGAAACUGUUCAGGAGUGAAGUCUGAAGAGUUGAAUGGCUAUCUGAAUACGCGUCUCCCUUCUGAGCCUCCUGGAUUGUGUACUGUAGAACAAUAUAAUGACUGUUGUGCAGCAGGGGAAUCUGUCAGAUGUCCUGAGCAGUUUUCUCAGCAUUCCAAGAUUCAGACUGGACAGCAGGACUUUGAAUAUAUCAGAGAAGGGAAAGAUGCAAAGGAGGAAAAUUUAUUGAAAGAAAUUGCUUCAUCUAAGAGACUUCAAAUGGGACUGACUUCUUGUAAGCAUAAUGGGUGUGAGCCAGUUUCUGUUCAGUCAGACGUCAUGGCUAAGGUAGGGAAGGCAACUUUCAGUAAGAAGUGUGAUCUCACUAAACACCAAGCCACAUACUCAGGGAGAACAUCUUGUAAAUGCCUUGAAAAUAAGAAAACCUUUACCAGCGAAUUCGACCUUACAGUUCAUCAGAGGACACAUAACCAGAAAAAAGACCAUGUAUGUAUCCAGUGUGAGAAACCCUUUAGUACUAAAUCUUCCCUUACUAUCCAUCAGAGAAUUCACACAGGAGAAAAGCCCUAUGGAUGUAGUGAAUGUAAUAAAACCUUCAGACAAAAGUCAGCUCUCAUUGUACAUGAGAGAACUCACACUGGAGAGAAACCCUUUGAAUGUUAUGAGUGUGGUAAAGCCUUCCAACAUAAGUGGUACCUCAAAACACACCAGAGAACUCACACUGGGGAGAAACCAUAUGAGUGUAAAGAAUGUGGAAAAGCCUUUCUAAAGAAGUCAUACCUCAAAAUGCAUCAGGGAACUCACAAGAUCGAGAAACCUUAUGAAUGUGAAAACUGUGGAAAAACCUUCCAUAACAGGUCGUACUUCAACAUGCAUCAUAGAACUCACAGUGGGGAGAAGCCCUAUGCAUGCAGUGAGUGUGGAAAAGCCUUUUUCCAAAAGUCAGACCUCAGGAGGCAUCAGAGGAUCCACAACAGUGAGAAAUUACAUGAAUGUAAAGAAUGUGGAAAAGCCUUUCAAAAUAAGUCAUACCUCAAAACUCACCAGAAAGUUCACACAGGUGAGAAACCAUAUGAGUGUAAAGAGUGUGGGAAAGCAUUUCAAAACAAGUCAUAUCUCAAUAAGCAUCAGAUAAUUCAUACAGGUGAAAAGCCUUAUGAAUGUAAUAAAUGUGGGAAAACAUUUCAGUGGAAGUUAGUCCUCAGUAAGCAUCAUAGAAUCCACACAGGUGAAAAGCCCUAUGAAUGCAUUCAGUGUGGAAAAAUGUUUGGCUACAAAUCAUCCCUCAUUGUACAUGAGUUGAUUCAUUCUGGGGAGAAACCUUAUGAAUGUAAUGUAUGUAGAAAAACCUUUUCACAAAAAUCAAACCUAAGCAGGCAUCAGAGAACUCACCAACAUGGGGAGCUAUGGUAGGAAUGGGUAAGGAUGUGGUCCCUUGUCCUGCCUCUCCUCUGGAGGCACACAGCAGCCAAUACACUGGCUUGGGGGAAGACAAAGUGAAGUCAGGGACAGGAGUCUGCAGUCUAUGCUUCUCUUGGGGUGUCAGACACUGCUGCAUGCCAGGCUGGAAGGUGAAAACAGUGCAGGAGUGGAAGGAACUUGGUCCGGUUUGGAGCGAGUGCCUGAGUGCCAGAGGGGCAGGAGAAGAGAGAGGUCUUCUUCAGGAGUUUUAGUGUUAUGGCUCCUUUAGGGGAAGGCCUUCCCUGAGACGAUCUUUAAUGAAGAGGCUCUCUGAGAUUGAUUUUAGCUCGUUUGUGUUGUUUUAUUGGGGGUGGAUGUGAACACAUAGGCUUUAUUCUGGGUGAAUGAGGGAUGAUGUAAUUUUGGGGAAGGGUAUGAGAAUAUCCAGAAAGGGAAGGUCAUUGGCUGAAGGCUAAGGCUAUUGAGAUGCCUCAUUAGCAUGGAGAGGUGUUCCAGGCUCCAGGCACUGUUCUAUGUGGCUGGCUUCCUAUGGUCACAUUAGUUAAGGUCAUGAUUACAUGCUCCAGAGUGGGGCAUAGAGGCAGGGAGGGAGCAGCCAUUUCAGAUCUCUGAGGUCCCCAGAGUUUCAGCAAACUUCCAUUUCACCAGUCUCAUGCCCAUCUGGUGGCACAGUCCACUUGCCCUACAUCCACAAAGGCAUUUAAGCCUCAUAAUGCAUCAAGAACUUCAAGCAAGAAUCCACUUCAGGGACUGGAGAGAUGGCUCAGUGGUUAAGUGCACUGACUGCUCUUCCAGAGGUCC